AUGAGCAUAGAAACGACGCCUUCAAAGAAGGCUGCCUCGGCUUUUGCGGGUCUGCAAAUGGAGUCGCCAGCAAAGAAACUACAUCUGUCAUCCGAAGCGGACAAGGAGAACAUCCUCGACGCGCAAUAUCGGUCAGAUGAGGUCGCCGUUCCCAUCAAAGGCAUACCCGUUCUGGAAGAGGUGCCUGUACAGCAACCAGAACUCACAGUAGCAGAAGGCAUCAAAGAAGAUGAAGCAUCAGAACCGAUACUACAGGAGAACCCGCAAAGAUUCGUCCUUUUCCCCAUCAAGUACCACGAGAUUUGGCAGAUGUACAAGAAAGCCGAGGCGUCCUUCUGGACAGCAGAAGAGAUCGAUCUAUCUAAAGACCUUCACGACUGGAACAAGCGACUCAACGACGACGAACGGUUCUUCAUCUCGCAUGUCCUCGCCUUCUUCGCCGCAUCAGAUGGCAUCGUCAAUGAGAACCUCGUCGAACGCUUCAGCGGUGAAGUGCAGAUCCCAGAAGCAAGAUGCUUCUACGGCUUCCAGAUCAUGAUGGAGAAUAUCCACUCGGAGACCUACUCCCUCCUCAUCGACACCUACAUCAGCGAGCCGAAGCAAAGACAGUACCUUUUCAACGCCAUCGACAACAUCCCGUGCAUCCGGAAGAAGGCCGACUGGGCCCUCCGUUGGAUCAGCGACAAGAACUCCACCUUCGCCUGCCGACUGAUCGCCUUCGCAGCAGUGGAAGGCAUCUUCUUCUCCGGCUCAUUCGCAUCUAUCUUCUGGCUCAAGAAGCGUGGCCUCAUGGCCGGUUUGACCUUCUCCAACGAGCUCAUCUCCCGUGACGAAGGCAUGCACACCGACUUCGCCUGUCUGCUCUACUCUCACCUCAGACACAAGCCUUCCAAGGAGCUAGUCACGAAGAUCAUCACGGAGGCAGUCGUCAUCGAGCAGGAGUUCCUCUCCGAUGCUCUCCCUUGCGCCCUGCUGGGCAUGAACAGCAAGCUUAUGUGCCAGUACAUUGAGUUUGUUGCCGAUCGUCUCUUCGUGGCGCUGGGCCUGAGUAGGCACUACAAUGCUACGAACCCUUUUGACUUCAUGGAAAAUAUCUCACUGGCAGGCAAGACCAACUUCUUCGAGAAGCGGGUCGGAGACUACCAGAAGGCUAGUGUGAUGGAGAAGAGCAAGAAGCAGCAAGCGAAGAAGGCAGUUGAGAGCGGUGCCGAGGCUGUCGCCGCGCCGGUGAUGAACGGCGAUUUUGCAUUUGACGAGGACUUUUAG